AUGGAUAGUCAAUCUGAUAAUGAAGCUACGGCACCAAAGAGGAGGAGAUCAAAGAGAACAAGGUACAAGAAUACUAAUACUAUAAUCACUCCUAGUACUAAUAAUAAUCAUAACAAUACUACUUCUUGUUUAUCUGUUGAGAAUUCUUCAGUUUCGGAGAUUUCGAAUGAACAAGAAGAAGUAGCUAUGUCUUUAAUGAUGUUAUCUAGAGACUCUACUGGUUAUUCUCGAAGUGAAUUGAACUGUUUAGUUGAAUCUUCAGAUAAUAAUUCUUUGUUUUUAGAAGCUAAAUCAUCCAGUUUAAUUAAGAGGACUAGUGAAAAUGAGCUUAACAAUGUCAAUUUGAAUGAGAAGAAGAAGUUAAAAGGUAAAAAGAAACUGGGUGUUACUCGAUUUGAUGGUAAAAGAUCUGAAUUAGGUGGUUGUUAUGGUUCCGGCUUUUCGAGAAAUGGUGAAUUGGAAGUGUCAGCUUCAUUUGGGGAAGAAGGUGAGUUUAAGAGGCCUAAAUUUGAUGAUGAGUUUGAGAACAGUUCUUAUACUAGGAAUAGAGUUAGUAGUAAGAAUGCUAGAGCUGAAUUGGGGAAGAAUUUGAUCAGGGAAGUUGAGAAUCAGUCUAGUUUCAAGUAUGGGAAGUUCAAUUCAAGCAAGAGAGCUAAAUCCGACUUGUACGAAGACGAAUUUGACAGGGUCUCGAGGAAGAAAGCGAAAUAUGAUGGUUCGGAUUCUGAAUUUUGCAAAUCUUCUUCGAAGAAAAGCAAAUACAAGUGUACUACUUGCAACAAGUACUUCCCUUCUUACCAAGCUCUUGGAGGCCACAGAGCUAGUCACAAGAAAAUUAAAGGUUGUUCAGCUUCGAAAGUGGAUUUCAGUGAAACCAGCAUUGAGACUGAUCUUUCUCCUGAUCCUACAGCUGACAUCAAGUCCUGCAACAAUGACAAUGUGAGUGUCUUCGAAGUUACGGCUAGUGCUGAAACUAGUCCCGCACUGAAGAAGAAUAAGCAUGAAUGCCCCAUUUGCUUCAAAGUUUUCUCAUCAGGGCAAGCUUUAGGUGGACAUAAAAGGUCACAUUUGGUUGGUGGAUCUGAUACUAGGAGCACUCCAACUAUAGUACUUCCGCAGAAGUUACCAGUAAUGCGAGAUCUCCUCGAUCUUAAUCUUCCUGCACCUAAUGACGAAGAAACUAAUACCGGCGACAUGGGUUAUGAGCCUUGGUGGGUUGGGAACAGCCACAAACAUGACCAGUUAGUGGGUUUGAUCUCUAACUGA